AUGGCCAAACAACGUGUCCAGAAUCGCUCGCUCGAGUCCGCGCCAGAAUCCAGGGCGGAGGGUCACGUAAUGCCCGACUAUGCCCCCAGUCACCGAGCCACAAGCCCAAGCGAGCCCUUGGGUAAACAGACCGCUGCUGCUUUUUUCUCGGCCCCCUUGAGUCCGGAGAAUGGGGCUUUUUCUCCCGCUCCAUAUAUCAUCCACCACCUGCUUUCCGACACAUCAAUACCGCUCCUCGGCCAGCCGCAACCCUUCCUGCCUGCACUCGGUCUCAGCCCCUCCCCAGGACACCAUCCCCUGAACAUGGCCGAUGCCGACGUCUUCCGACACCCUUCGGCCCGCGGCUCCCCACGCAAGAGAUCGUCGCAACCCGGAUCCCGCUCCCAUCCCGACUCGGCCGUCUCGGCCCACUCGACGCCUCCAGCAUCGCCCGAAAGCACCGCCGAGUACUGGGAUCGCUGUGUGGAGAAGAUGGAGGAGAACCUCGAGAGGCGCCGCAUGCGGCGCGCUGCUGCCAUGAACUCCCCCGAUGGAAUGCCGCCCUCGCCCCGCCAGACCAAUAGGAUGGUCCUCGACAUCAUUUCAAGCUACAGCGACGACUCGACUCCCACCGCAUCGCCCCGCGCCCCGCCCGCUUUCGAUUUUGGUUUCCCUCACGAGCGGGAAAGAGCCGAUUCCGCGCACGACAUCGAGUCUAUUGCAGAAGCCCUCCAGCUCUUCCCCAAACCCUUGGCUAGUGCGAAGAGCAGACACCAUGCAACCUCCCUUUCCACUUCAUCCAUCAAAGCUCAAGGCCUUCGCAAGGAAGGCCAGACGCUAGCAUCACCCGUCGUCCCCAUGACACCCCCAACACCGCCUGCCACCGAGUCUUCGAAGAGGCAUCGCAAAUGCCCUACCCGGCCACCGCGCCCCGACGAGCCAUUCAUCGGCCUUCCCAUUACCCCUUCCCCACAUCCGUACCGCCUUGUGCGCAGGCCUGCCGCGCCACAGGAGCGCCGAUCGGCCGCCCCUCCCAACAUCAGGAUAGCUCCACUGGAGCCCACGUCGCCGAGCAAGUCGACGUCGACUCUUCCCAACCUGGAGCCCAUGCCUCCUCUGCAGUGCUUGGAGCUUACGCCGCCUACCACUCCGGUUCGCACCUCGUCAUUUGCCCUGCAGCAGCAAUUGAUCUCUGUCUGGGAGGAUGACGAUGACGAUGAAGAUAAGAUAGGACUGAUGGAAUACGUGCGGCGCACUCUGCAGGCCAGCAAGACUUCCUUCUCGGGGGAACGCGACCGAGAAUCAAGAGAAAGGGAGCGGGAAAGAGAGAAGGGGAAGAGGAAGGAGAGCAUGGACAGCGCGCACAGUGCUGAGAAGCGCCCCAUGGACAGGCGCAGGAGGAGCACUGUCCGCCAGGCAGUAAUUCGCGUUUUCCGCUGCGGUGACAGCAAAGAGGAGCACCCAUGA